AGAGUUCAGUCUCUUGAGCAACUGGGAUCUCAGGCAUGAGUUAUCAGCAAUAUGGAAGUUUAUGAGUCAAGAAAUUAUGCCGAUGCUUGCUUGCUGGUGUUCCCUUCUGCGCAGAAGGAGUUUUGUGAGAAGCCUCAGUUCAUCUGUGAAGACAUGAGCAGGACAGAUGUGUGCCAGGGGAGACUAGGAAAUUGCUGGUUUCUGGCUGCCGCCGCCUCACUCACACUGUACCCCCGACUCCUGUACCGGGUGGUCCCCCCAGGACAGAGCUUCCAAGAUGGCUACGCAGGCGUCUUCCACUUCCGGCUCUGGCAGUUUGGCCGCUGGGUGGAUGUUGUGGUGGAUGACAAGCUGCCGGUCCAGGAGGGCAAGCUGAUGUUCGUGCACUCGGAGCAGAGGAACGAGUUCUGGGCACCCCUUCUGGAGAAAGCCUAUGCCAAGCUCCACGGCUCCUACGAGACCAUGCGAGGCGGCCACAUGAACGAGGCCUUUGUGGACUUCACGGGGGGCGUGGGCGAGGUGCUCUACCUGAGACAAAACACGCCCGGCCUCUUCACCGCCCUUCGCCAUGCACUGGCCAAGGAGUCCCUCGUGGGUGCCACUGCCCUGAGUGAUCGGGGCGAGAUCCGCACGGAAGAGGGGCUGGUAAAGGGACACGCAUACUCAGUCACAGGCACACACAAGGUGUCUCUGGGCUUCACCAAAGUGAGGCUCCUGCGGCUGCGGAAUCCUUGGGGCCGUGUGGAGUGGACUGGGGCCUGGAGUGACAGCUGCCCACGCUGGGACGCCAUCCCCACCGAGUGGCGAGAUGCCCUGAUGGUGAAGAAGGAGGAUGGUGAGUUCUGGAUGGAGCUGCAGGACUUCCUGAGUCACUUCAACACGGUGCAGAUCUGCUCGCUGAGCCCGGAGGUGCUGGGGCCCAGCCCAGCGGGGGGUGGCUGGCACAUCCACACUUUCCAGGGCCGCUGGGUACGCGGCUUCAACUCUGGCGGGAGCCAGCCUGGUGCUGAAACCUUCUGGACCAAUCCUCAGUUCCGGCUGACGCUGCUGGAGCCGGAUGAGGAGGAAGAUGAUGACGAUGAGGAGGGGCCCUGGGGAGGCUGGGGGGCAGCAGGGGCGCGGGGCCCAGCCAGGGGGGGCCGCAUGCCCAAGUGCACCGUCCUCCUGUCACUCAUCCAGCGCAACCGGCGGCGUCUGCGGGCCAAGGGUCUCACUUACCUCACUGUGGGAUUCCACGUGUUCCAGAUUCCAGAGGAGGUGGGUAUCAGACGGGGGCCCAGGCCGGGCUCGGCCCCGCCCCUUGGGUGUUUUCUUGUAGGCAGGGCCAACACGAGGACCUGGGGAGAGAUCGGACUGAGGACCUGUGAGCAGCUGCUGCAGUGUUUUGGGCGCGGCGGCCGCCUGUCUCUGCACCACUUCCAGGAGCUCUGGGGCCACCUCCUGUUGUGGCAGGGCACAUUUGACAAGUUCGAUGAGGACGCAUCAGGAACCAUGAACUCCUAUGAGCUGAGGCUGGCGCUGAACGCUGCAGGCUUCCACUUGAACAACCAGCUGACCCAGGCCCUCACCAGCCGCUACCGGGACAGCCGCCUGCGGGUGGACUUGGAGCGCUUCGUGUCCUGCGCGGCCCAGCUCACCUGCAUCUUCCGACACUGCAGCCAGCACCUAGCUGGGGGCGAAGGGGUCGUGUGCCUGACCCACAGACAGUGGUCGGAGGUGGCCUCCUUCUCCUAGGGGCGCCCUCAACCCAGCACUGCAGCUGAGCACGCAUGCACCUGCCCAUCACCUAUCGUCUAGGGCCACCUCCACAUCAUCCUGCGCCCCCCACCUCCUGUUGCCACCUACGUGAGAGCCCCCACUCUGCUGAGACCACA